CGGCAAGAAAACCGAAGGGAGUAUAAUCCAGGGGGCCUUUAUCCUGCGUGAACUGUUCCCAGAAGUGAGGAGGGGGAUAAGGCAGCCGGUAAUAGUGCGGGUUGGUGUGCGGAUAUCUGUGUUUUUGUACCUGCCGGUGAGGGAGGAGGACACGCCAAAGGAGAGGAGAAGAUGCUGUGAUCCAGGGAUGUAGAGAGACGGGUACAGAGAGACAGGGAGGGGGAGGACUACGCUACGCUAAAGAUGCUUGUUUUGCUAGGAAUACGCGUUUCACCUCGAAAUAUUGCGGGAAUGCGGCGGCCGUGUGAUAAAUCUUUCCGUUUGGCGAUGCCCACAAACUUGAGGAGGAGUGUGUUUUUCUGACAGGCGGCCGCUGGACCAGGCGGGGAAGCUAAACUAGCCUCGCUGCUGUGUGGGAGAGCGGCGGCGGGGCUAAAAUAGCAUGUUGUUGCACCUGUAAAACAGGCCUGACAGACAGAUUACACUGAUUUCAUUUCCAGUGUUAACAUCCACUUGACGUAUUUGACGUUUUGUUGGUCGACUCAGCCAGCAAAGGGUAUAAAUCUUUGCUUUGGGUGUGAAAAACACUCGGUUGUUUUAAGGCUAAAUAACGUUACUCUGCGAUAAUUUUCUUAUUAACCGUCAUAUAUAGCUAGCUAACGCCAUAAAUGUAAGUUAUACGAAUAAGCUAAUGUACAGAAGUGAAAAUGUUUAGUUUGCCUACCUUGUCAUGUUUAUCUUUAGGGUAGUGGUCAGUAUUUAAUACCUAAAACAGCCUAGUAACUUGCUGUCAUCUCAGUUUCUCUGCUUUAAUCUACCACUGUUUUUUUCUUUUGUUAAAUAUUAACAUAUUUACCGUGCUAAAAUGCAAAAAUAUUUAGCUUUGUUUAUUAACCAGGUUUAGAUAAAGAAUGUUCAGUUAUCAUACACAUGUUGUAAAUCAGCACCAUUUUUUUUACACCUUCAGGUUUGCAGUGUUAUCACUGAAAUAAAAGGUAGUCCUUCUUGCUAAGUUGAGCACCAUCGUGUAUCCCACAAUAAGCUGUAUAAUAUCACAGUGAUUGCAAUAUCCACUGUGCAGUAGUAGUAGUAGUGUAUUAGCCUCCAGUAAGAGCAGUAUGAGUAAGGAACUGUCUCUAAGUCAGUCAGCUCAAUAUGUUGGGCCAUACCGACUGGAAAAAACACUGGGGAAGGGACAGACAGGAUUGGUCAAGCUCGGGGUCCAUUGUAUUACGGGUCAGAAGGUAGCGAUCAAAAUAGUCAACAGAGAGAAGCUGUCUGAGUCAGUCCUGAUGAAGGUUGAGAGGGAGAUUGCCAUUCUGAAACUGAUUGAGCAUCCGCAUGUGUUGAAGCUGCAUGAUGUUUACGAGAAUAACAAAUACCUUUACCUGGUGUUGGAGCAUGUGUCAGGAGGAGAGUUGUUUGACUACCUGGUGAAGAAGGGCAGGUUGACUCCCAAAGAGGCCAGGAAGUUCUUCAGGCAAAUCAUCUCUGCUUUGGAUUUCUGCCACAGUCAUUCCAUCUGUCACAGAGACCUGAAGCCUGAGAAUUUGCUCCUGGAUGAAAAGAACAACAUCCGUAUCGCUGACUUUGGCAUGGCCUCCCUACAGGUGGGAGACAGUCUGUUAGAGACCAGCUGUGGAUCACCACAUUAUGCUUGCCCUGAGGUUAUACGGGGGGAGAAAUAUGAUGGGCGGAGAGCAGAUGUGUGGAGCUGUGGGGUGAUCCUGUUCGCUCUACUGGUGGGUGCCCUGCCCUUUGACCAUGAUAAUUUACGCCAGCUCCUGGAGAAGGUGAAGAGCGGGGUGUUCCACAUGCCCCACUUCAUCCCCCCGGACUGUCAGUCCCUGCUCAAGGGCAUGAUUGAGGUCAACCCUGAAAAAAGGCUCACGCUAGAGGCCAUCCAGAAACAUGCCUGGUAUCAGGGGGGUCGUAAUGAGCCGUGUCCAGAGCAGCCUCCUCCCAGGCGAGUGUGUGUGAGGCGAAUCUUGUCCCUGACUGAGCUGGACCCAGAUGUGUUGGACAGCAUGCACUCGCUGGGAUGUUUCCGAGACAGAGGCAAGCUCACACGUGAUCUGCAAUGUGAAGAAGAAAACCAGGAGAAGAUGAUAUAUUACCUGCUGCUGGACAGGAAGGAGCGCUAUCCCAGCUAUGAGGAUGAGGACUUGCCUCCGCGCAAUGACGUAGCAGAUCCUCCUAGAAAGCGUGUUGACUCUCCGAUGCUGACGCGCCAUGGCCGCUGUCGCCCCGAGAGGAAAAGCCUGGAGGUGCUGAGUGUUACUGAACAGGGGUCACCUACUCCACCUCGCAGGGCCCUGGAUACAGCUGCACACAGCCAGAGGUCUCGCUCAGUCAGUGGAGCAUCGACUGGUCUCUCCUCCAGCCCUCUCAGCAGUCCCAGGGUUACUCCCCAGGGCUCUCCGUUGCCCACACCCUUGGGCACCCCUGUCCACCACCCUCACCACCCCUCCUCUACCCCGCCCUCCUCUUCCUCGUCCUCGUCCUCCUCGCGGGCGGAGGGAGGGGGAGGGGUAGGCUCGCUGUCGCUGACCCCGCCCUCCAGCCCAGGAGGGGGAAGCGGCAUGGCGGCCAGCAGCUCCGCCCACUGGAGGACUCGCCUCAAUUCUUUCAAGAACAACCUGCUGGGCUCACCGCGUUUCCAUCGCCGUAAACUGCAAGUUCCUACAUCAGAAGACAUGUCCAGUCUAACACCAGAAUCCAGCCCUGAGUUGGCUAAGAAGUCAUGGUUUGGGAACUUCAUCGGCUUGGAGAAAGAGGAGCAGAUCUUUGUGGUGAUCAGAGACAAACCUCUGAGUUCUGUCAAAGCUGACAUUGUCCAUGCCUUCCUGUCUAUCCCAUCACUCAGUCACAGCGUUCUCUCCCAGACCAGCUUUCGGGCCGAGUACAAGUCCUCCGGCGGCCCUUCCGUCUUCCAGAAGCCCGUCAAGUUCCAGGUGGACAUUGCUUUCUCCGAAGGCGAGAGGGAGCGAGACAGGGAGAGGACCGAGAGGGAGGGGAGGAGGGAGACGGGAAUCUACAGCGUGACGUUCACCCUCAUUUCAGGUCCGAGUCGCAGGUUCAGACGAGUGGUGGAAACGAUUCAAGCCCAGCUUCUCAGCUCCCAUGAUCAACCAAUGGUGCAAGCCCUAUCUGAUCCCUUCCCAGAUGAGAAGAACGGCCGGCCCCAUGGGACCCCCACCCGCCAAAACUCGAGGCGCUCCGAGGGUGGGGGCGACAGGUGCGAGUGGGGAGACCGAGCAGAUGGCGGAGGCAUAGGCGGCAGCGGGGGAGUUCUGCAGCGCAGAGGCUCGGCAAAAGAGAGAACCCGACUGCUGUCCUCCAAUGGAACCCAAUCCCAACCGUAGGAUAGAAAGAGAGACCGCGCAGCAGGAUGCCUGAACUACACCGGAAAGAAGAAAGUGUAACUUCAUCUCCAAGUAUCCCUGCAAGCCAUGAGCUACUCCUAUUCUUCCUUGACUAAGUUAUUGAAGGUGCUUGACCAUAGCAAGGAUUGAGCCUUUUCCCUUCAUGUUUUUUUCCCCCCCAACUCGACAUUCUUUUGAUCUUCUGGAUCACCAGGAUUCCUACCCUUAAAUGAAAACGAAGAGUUAAGGAAUCACCCUUUAAUGAAAAAAAAAUAAUAAUAUGUGAAUGAGCAGUUUGGUGUCCAUCAUAGAUACAGCUUCACAGAUCAAACUAGGAAUUUUGAAGUGCUAAUGUGCAUGCCAGUUAGCAAAUCAGCCUGCUAAAGGAUGCUGAAAUGAUCAGAUAGGCUAGUCUACCAUAUCAUUGUAAUACAGUAUCUGACACCAAAAAGAAAUAAGUCUUGUGAUGGUUCCUCAAGAUUACUCUUAAAAUUAACCAGUGCGCUCAUAUCAUUAUCAAGCAACAUGCAAUUACCAGUCCAUACUGAAAGAAAUAUAGAUAGAGUAUCUCAGCAGAUGAACCCUAAGAGUUAGCAACCUGUUCCCACUUCAGAGAGUGGUGAAUAAAAAGGUCCUGAUUUUCUCAGGAGAAACUACAUCCUGGAACUCCAGCAGUGUCUUCUCCUGAGGUAAAGAAAAACCAACAAAGUAAGCUAAAGUAAGUGAAUGUGAAAAAAAAUAUUUUUUUAUUUAGUUUUUAUUUAUUGUUUACAUUUUUUCUUUUUGAGGAUGUCAGUAGCACAGUGAUAGCAGUAAAGACAGUAACUACAGUGUCGGAGAGGGGAAGCUGACCAGUUGCUUUUUAGAAGGCAUUAAAGUUUAUUGUUUUGAUUCUUUUUGUAUUUUCUUUUUACUCAGAGACAAUAUGAAACAAUGCAUCUAAGAUUUUUUUUGCGUUGGACCCCUGUUGCUCUGAAGAAAAGUAUUUUUGAUUUGAACAGAAAUAUGAACAUUACUAUAUGAAGAAAAAAACACUAUGCGUGAAUAGUUCCAUGAACCUCAUCACAGCUGUUUGUGCCCAGAUUGAAUGAGAAAAGCAUUCCUGACCUGUGGAUCAAACAGAAGCCACCUUUCUUGUCGAGCUUGUCUCCUAUUGCCAUAGUAUUCAUGUACUGACUCGGAACAAAACAAAACAACAACAACAAAAAAAAAACACAAAGGAAAUUCAUCAAUGGACAUUUUCAUAAUGCCGGACUUAAAAGGCUUGCGAUGUCAAUUCCUUGUUGAGCAGGACUUCAUAAUGGGAAGCAAGCAAAGAGUCUCCUAACCCCCAUGCUCCUCACUUCAGUGUUCACCAACGAGCCAAGUAGUCCAUCACUGCACCCACGCUCAUCACCAGAAAGUCGCACCAUUCUGCAAGCAGACGUAGCAACUCGGACAGUCAUGUAUUACUCCAGCACUCUAUCAGACUAGUCGAUGUUUUUCACCAGUCUUCCAUACAGCACAAUAUGCAACAAAAGGGCAGAAUGUUUUCAGAGAGAUACACAGUGCUACAGUUCUGUUUGUUUUAAUGUUUUUUUUUCUUUAUAGUUGUCCACAUGCCUAUCCAUCUAUUUAUUUAUUUAUAUUUAUUUAUUUAUUUGGUCAUGUGGUUGUGUCAUGUGUUUCGUUUACAAACUAGAUUUUAAGCCAACAAAAAUAUAUCAAGCUAAUUUAAGAAAUUACUCAUUAUCACUGUUUGUUGUUUUUUUUUUAAAGUGUUUCUUUCCAAGAAGAAAAUGACUUUGACUGCUCUCAUUUUACUUGUCUAAUGUUUAUAUUUCACAUCUCUUUUAUCACGCUUAUCUCUGGUAAAGUGUGUGUGAGACGGGUGGAUGAAGGCUGAGUGAGAGUGAGCUGAAAACUUUGCAACAGACGCAUUUUGAGCUGAUCAUGUACGGAGAUUUUCGACUGACCCAGGAAUAUUUACAUGAACUAACAUAGCCAAACCCUAACAGACGCAUAAUUUCUCUCACACACAUUACAAUGCUUGCUAAUUGGCUUCAUCUCUUGCUUUUAUGCCUUGUCCCUUUGACCUGUCUGUCCGCCUCUUCACCUGUUGUGUAGCCAUCACCACAAGAGAUACUGUACAAAGUUGUUUGCCUCACUGUCUGUACACACACUCUUUGAUUGCUCACCAUCACCAGUUUCAUCUUUCUCAUCACCACGUCACCUUCACUUUCAUUGACCCAACUCUGGCUAAGAUUGUAAACUAUUCUCCAUUCAUAAGGGUCAGUAGAAUAAGGUGUUUAAAAAAGAAAUGUCUGUAUCAUAAUUUAAAUAUAAAAAGUGCACUAUUAUAACUAUUGCCUGUGAUAAAAAGAACAAUUAUGAUUGAAUUGAUGGUCAAAAUAAAGAGAGAUCCACCUUAUUGUUAUGGUUACAAUAAUAAACCCUAAAUUCAUGUGUGUGUCUA